AUUGCUUCAAACGACCGGACAUGGCUAGCAAAAGUAGGAUCGGAGGACAAUCCUAGAAUCUGUGUCGAAGGUACUGAAGUACUCGAGCCCGCAAGAGAAAAAAGCAAAGGUGGACCCCACAUGCAUGGCUUUGUGACUAUGAUUGAAGCUGCUACCGCUAGGGUUGUGUCGAUUUACAUGGCCAUAAAACGAGAAGAGCCAUAGAAGAAUUCUUCGUCUAUGGAUUUAUGGACAAACUCAGCUCCUCUCAUAUCAGUCUCAGCCCAGGAAUAGGAAAGGCUUUGCAUCUUCUCAUAUAGAGAGAGAGAGAGAUGGAGAUGAAGCAAUCAUCAAAGUUCAAGAGGGUAUGUGUGUUCUGUGGGAGCAGCCAAGGGAAGAAGAGCAGCUAUAAAGAUGCUGCUAUUGAGCUCGGCAAAGAGCUGGUGUCGAGGAAUAUCGAUCUGGUGUAUGGAGGAGGGAGCAUCGGGCUGAUGGGUCUUGUCUCGCAAGCCGUCUACAGCGGGGGCCGCCAUGUCCUCGGGGUCAUUCCCAAAAGUCUCAUGCCUCGAGAGAUAACUGGAGAAACAGUGGGAGAAGUGAAGGCGGUUGCCGACAUGCAUGAGAGGAAGGCGGAGAUGGCUCGACGUUCGGACGCAUUCAUCGCCUUACCUGGGGGUUAUGGAACGCUCGAAGAACUUCUGGAAGUGAUUGCCUGGGCCCAACUGGGCAUCCACGACAAGCCGCAGGUGGGGAUGCUGAACGUAGAUGGGUACUACAACCCCUUGUUGGAAUUCAUCGACAAAGCAGUGGAGGAAGGUUUCAUCCGGCCCAAUGCACGCCACAUCAUUGUAUCUGCACCUUGUGCCCGGGACUUGAUCAAGAGGAUGGAGGAGUAUUGUCCUCGCCAUGAAAGGGUGGCUUCGAAGCUAAGUUGGGAGAUGGAGCAACUGGCCUCCUCUACAAAUUAUGACAUCUCCAGAUGAUUGAGAAAGAGAAAAAGAAGAAGAAGAAGAAAUUAGGAGAAAAAUAAUCCUUGUGAAAAACUAAGGAAAUUAAAAAGGAUGACUCUACAAUUCAUUGUGGAAUUUUUACCCUAAUUUUUUUUUUCUCUUGUAAGUUAAAAGUUGGCCUCAAAAGAAUGGGCUAUGAUCUAGGACACGCAUUUAUUUAGCAGUAAAUUUUUCUGAUUCACUGUGAACUUGAUAUAGUGGAAUAAUGUAAAAACUUUGUAGGAUCACUAUUGACUGUGUCAAAUGUUUAAAUGAUUAUCAUUUGAUCCUUUGUUCA